AAGGUACGGUAGUAGAUAGCAUGCGGGAGUUGAUACACACCCUUCACUGUGGCUUCAUGUGCCUCCAAGGUACACAGAGCAAGCGGAUCAGGUCGAGCUGCUGCGGGGUCCAACAAGGAGAUCCUCUUGGCCCCCUAGCCUUUGCUCUGGUCCUCCACCCCAUUAUUGAAAAAUAUCAAGGAGUCGGUCCCCAGCCUCCUAAUGAACGCAUGGUACCUGGA